AUGGCCAGAUACCACACAAUCCAUAGACAACUGGAGGAGUCGCCGGAAGUGAAGAUGUUCGAAAAAUACAACGACUUCGCUAAGGAGAUGAGCGACAAGACUGGCGAACUUUACCCGACCACAAAACUGUACAGACUAUUCAAAAAUCUCAGAGCCGCUCUGAGCAUGGGCUUGUCCUUGCCCGAUUGGUGCAGCAAAGAAGAGCACGAGAAGCUCGAAGAUCUCGCGCAUCUGUCCUCUUUAAUCCGGACGCACACCCCGCAGAUGACCAGAAUAGUCGCGGGACCAAUGGUCCAACAAUUUCUCGAAAAUAUCGAGAAAAGUGACAAAGGACUGGAUGGUAAAGAAAUAUACCUGUACAGUGGCCACGAUGUCAACAUAGCGCAGUUUUGCAACGCGCACAAGAUUCCCGAUUACGGCACUGCUCUAAUCAUCGAGAAGCUCAGGGGACCGGAUAGUCAAGUUUACGCGAGAUACAAGUCACUCGUCGCAUCGAUUCUGCCGGAUGAAGAGUCCAGAUCGUGCUUCCCUACUUAUCAAACUCAAAGUCUUGUUGAUACUUGUUUAUCGAUAAGUAAUAAAUAG